CUUGUCGCGUUUGGGGCAAAUGACCUCCAACACGCACUGACAGUGUCUUCCUGAUGCAUCGUCAGUCAGUAUAUAGAUAGUUACUCUCAUCCACGAUGUUUUCCUUUCCGUCCUGAGACUCAGCUCCAACCAUCCGGCUCACAGUCCUUCCUUAUUAUACUAUUUUUUGAGUCUAUCCUUCGUUUUCUACGACUCAAACCUUGUCUCUCGCUUAUACACAAGUGUCGCCGCGAUGAAGUUCGCCUCCUCCUUUUGCACAUGGCUCCUGGCCUCGUGCGUCCUGGCAGCACCUUCUCCUUCCGCCCAGUUCUCACAUUCUCCUUCCCUAGCCAAGCGGUGCGUAAACAGCCCCGAAGAUCGGAGUUGUUGGGGUGACUACGACAUCGACACCAACUACUACGAUGAGAGCCCCGACACGGGCGUCGUUCGCGAGUACUGGUUCGAAAUCACCAACACUACGGCAGCGCUCGAUGGCGUAGAGCGCAGCGUUCUCACCAUCAACGGCUCGUUCCCGGGCCCCACCAUCAUUGCUGACUGGGGUGACACCGUCGUUGUCCACGUGACCAACUCCAUGCAGAACAACGGAACCAGCAUUCACUUCCACGGCAUCCGCCAAAACUACACCAACCUGGAGGAUGGUGUGGCGAGUAUUACGCAGUGCCCUACCGCCCCUGGAGACUCUAUGACCUACACCUGGAAGGCAACCCAGUAUGGCUCCUCGUGGUAUCACUCGCACUUCUACGUCCAGGCCUGGGACGGUGUUGCGGGCGGUAUUAUCAUCAACGGUCCCGCCACUGCCAACUACGAUGAAGAUCUUGGCACCAUCCUCCUUGCCGAUUGGUCGCACGAAACCGCCGACGUCAUGGUCCUCAGAUCGCACACAAGUGGCCCUCCCACGCUUGACAACGGCCUCAUCAACGGUACCAACGUCUAUGGCGACCUGGGAUCUCGCUUCGAGACUACCUUCACCGCCGGCACCCGUUACCGAAUCCGUCUCAUCAACGGUGCCGCCGACACUUUCUUCAAGUUCUCCAUCGAUAACCACACCAUGGAAGUUAUCGCCGCCGACUUCGUGCCCAUCAAUCCCUUUUCUACGGACAGCGUCUCCAUCGCCAUGGGCCAGCGUUACGACAUCAUUGUCACCGCCAACGCCACCGCCGACAACUACUGGAUGCGCGCCAUCCCCCAAAUCACCUGCAGUAACAGCGCCAACCCGGACAACGUCAAGGGCAUAGUCCGCUACGACAGCACAUCGACCGCAGACCCCACUACCACGGCCUGGGCCUCCGCCGCCGACGACGACUGCGACGACAUGGACAUGGCCCUACUGGUCCCCCGCGUCGUCGUCGCCGCCUCCGACUCCCCCGACGAGGAGGAAGACUUCCAAGUCAGCAUCAGCGUCGGCGGCAACGGCGUGCUGUGGCGCAUGGGCGAGAGCUCCUUCGUCAACCAAUGGAACUACCCGACUGUGCAGCAAGCCGCCGAGGGCAACGACACCUGGUCGUCAGCCCAGAACGUCGUGGUCCUCCCCGAUGCUAACCAGUGGGUUUACUUCGUCAUUGAGACUACGCUGGGCGCCUCGCACCCCAUGCAUCUGCACGGUCACGAUUUCUGGGUUCUGGGCCAGGGUACUGGUACUUAUGAUUCGAGCAGUGCUUCGCUGCAGGUGACCAACACCCCGCGGAGAGAUGUCGUGCAGUUGCCUGGCAGUGGAUAUGUCGUUAUUGCGUUCUACACCGACAACCCUGGUGCAUGGCUUAUGCAUUGCCACAUCGCCUGGCACACUUCUGAGGGUCUGGCCGUCCAGCUCCUGGAGCGCGAGACCGAGUUCCUUGCCAUCCAGGACAACGACCGGAUCAACCAGACUUGUGCCAAGUGGGACGAGUACACGGCUGUCAGUCUCGUGGUCCAGGAUGAUUCUGGCUUGUAAAAUAUGGUUUUAGAAGGGUUGAUUCAAAUAAGAGUGGAGCUCGCAUUGCCAAUGGAUAUAAUAGAGGAGCGCAGGAAAUUAC